AUGCAAAAAAACAAUAAUUUCCUCCAUGUUUUUCUUUACGUUUCCCCUUCAUUUACAAUAGUGUGUAAUGAAGGCUAUUAUGGAAAGAAUUGCAAAGAAAAUUGCAGUCUUUUUUGCAAGACAUCACGUGACUGUCACCAUGUGACUGGACAUUGUAAGGAAGGAUGUAUUGAUGGAUGGCAAGGUGUGAAAUGUUUGCAAGUGUGUAACGGUAAAAGGUUUGGAGAGGACUGUGGAGAGAAAUGUGGAACCUGUCUGGGAUAUAAACAAUGUAAUCACAUCAAUGGUUGUUCUGUUGGUACAUUUGGAAAUAAUUGUGAGCAGAAUUGUAAUAAAAACUGUGGCGUGCCAUAUCAAUGUGACAGAACAACAGGAGAAUGUGAGGGUGGAUGUCAACCAGGCUGGGAGGGACCUCAAUGUGAACAAAGUACAAAGAUUGAGAGGAUCAACCAUCUUUUCCAGUUUAAUAUGAUUGCCAUUUCUACCCCUUUCCCCAUUUAGUUUCUUUAACAUUCCUUGUAAAUAAAAGUACUCUACAUUCCUAAUUAAACGCAAGGAAUUAAUUACAGCGUAAUUUUGCGAGAAGCAUCAUCCAUUUCUAUCCCAUCCUUCAAAAAAUGCUUUAACAUUCCUUUAUUAAUAUAUUA